UUUUCUCUUGGCCCUGAACCCUCUCUACCUUCCCUGCAGCUGAGAUCACUCUGCCUUCCGAAAGCCUACUCUGUGCUUGCAGAGCCCAGGAGACAAUGACAUUCAAGAAUGUGGCUGUGGACUUCACCCAGGAGGAGUGGGGCCUCUUGGACCAUCCUCAGAAGGAGUUGUACAAGGAGGUCAUGCUGGAGAAUGCCCAGAACCUGCUCUCCCUGGAAGGAGAGAUCAGACUUGAAAUGAGACUACUACAGCACUAAGCCUUUCUGUAAAAAAAAAAAACUCACAAGCAAAGAUUCAGAAGUAAUGGUCCCUGUGGCUUCAUUUAUAGAGAAAUCUGUGCUACACAUCAGAGAAUCCAUACUGGAGAUAAACCUUAUGAAUGUAAUCAAUGUGGAAAGGGUUUUACACAUAAAGGCACUCUUACUGUACAUCAGAAAGUCCACAGUGGAGAGAAACCUCAUAAAUGUAAUCAGUGUGAAAAGGCUUUCAGCAUCAGCUCCAGUCUGGCUGAACAUCAGAGAAUCCACACUGGAGAAAAACCUUAUGAAUGUAAUCAGUGUGGAAAGUCUUUCCUAAAGAGGGCCAAUCUUGCUUUACAUAAAAGAAUCCACACUGGAGUGAAACCUUAUGAAUGUAAUCAAUGUGGAAAGGCUUUCAGUGUCAGCUCCAAUCUUGCUACACAUCAGAGAAUUCAUAUUGGAGAGAAACCUUAUGAAUGUAAUCUAUGUGGAAAGGCUUUCAGAAACAGUUCCAGUCUUGCUAAACAUCGGAGAACCCACACUGGAGAAAAACCUUAUAAAUGUAAUCAGUGUGGAAAGUCUUUCCUAAAGAGGGCCAGUCUUGCUUUACAUAAAAGAAUCCACACUGGAGAGAAACCUUAUGAAUGUAAUCAAUGUGGAAAGGCUUUUGCACAUAAAAGAACUCUUACUGGACAUGAGAGAACACACACUGGAGAGAAACCUUACAGAUGUAAUCAAUGUGGAAAGACUUUCAGAGAAAGCUCCACUCUUGUUAAACAUCAGAGAAUCCACACUGGAGGGAAACCUUAUGAAUGUAAUCAAUGUGGAAUGGCUUUCAGCGCUAUCUCCAGUCUUGCUGAACAUCAGAGAAUCCACACUGGAGAAAAACCUUAUGAAUGUAAUCAAUGUGGCAAAGCUUUUACACGUAAAACAAGUCUUAUUGUACACAAGAGAAGACACACUGGAGAGAAACCUUAUGAAUGUAAUCAAUGUGGAAAGGCUUUUGCACAGAGGGCCAAUUUUACAGGACAUCAGAAAAUACACACUGGAAAGACCUCAUAAGUGUAAUCAGUAUGGAAAUUCUUUCAGACUCAGCUGCAUUCUUAAUGUACAUCAAAGAAUCCACACUGCAGAAAAACCUUAUGAAUGUAAUCAAUGCAGAAAGGCUUUUACACAGAGGACGCAACUUUCUGAAUAGCAGAAUCCACAUUGGGGAAAAACCUUAUGAAUGUAUUCAAUGUGGAAAGGCUUUUAUAGGCAGCUGCAGUCUUGCUGAACAUCAGAGAAUCCACACUUGUGACAAACUGUGAAUAUAAUCAGUAUAGAAAAUCUUUCCUACAAGGGGACAGUCUUGCUUUACAUAAAAGAAUCCACACUGGAGGUUGUGAAUGUAAUCAUGUAUGAUUAUUGAAUGUUAUGAAUGUAAUCAAUGUGGAAAGGCUUUCAGAGACAGCUCCAGUCUUGCUAAACAUCAGAGAAUCUACACUGGAGAGAAUGCAAUCAAUGUGGUAAAAGUCAGCCUUUGUUUCACAUCAGAGAAUUCAUGUAAGAUAUAAAUCUUAGCACUGACAUGAUUGAGGAAAGGCAUUGAAAUGGAGUAUGGAGCUUCUUAACAGAAAAUUCUAGGUAAAAGCCAUUUAUGGACUCAUAAGCCUUCAAAGGCCUUCAGCCAGAGAUCACUUCUUAUCCUCUCAUCAGAGGAUUCAUACUACGAGAAUGUGCUCCAUGAGGAUAUGCCUUUGUCAGGAAGAUGGAGGUCACUGGUGAAGUGUUAAACGUUGUGUCUGAUUGUAACAGAAUGGUGAAAGAAAGGGAAAUAAUUCAUGCCAUCCCACCAGGUUGCAAAACCAAAAAAAGGAGGAAAUAGGCUUAUAAGUGGUAGUAGUGAAGGAAAGAAGACAUCUGGAUGUUCUCAAAAAUAGAAUGUCUUCAGAAUAAGGAAAUGAACUCACAACAAUAUUAUGUCAACUAGGAAACUCUGUGUGGUGAAGGGAAGAAAUCAGAGUUGUUUGAUCAAGGAUAUAAAAAUUGGGGCCAUUUAGGGGAAUUUAGUGGUCUCCUGCAGACCACCUACACAUAUGUAUCAGAUUACAUGCAGGCUAUCCCAUCUGCCA